AUGGCCGGGGUUUCCGACAAGGCGCGUUUCUAUCUCGAGCGCGCAGCUCCGGAGCUGCGUGACUUCGAGGAAAAAGAAAUAUUCUCCAAAGACGAAAUCCGCUCCCUCGUCACCAAACGCUCCGAUUACGAACACCUGAUCCUCGCCCCAGGCACCAAAUCCACCGACUUCCUCUCCUACGUUGCCUGGGAACGCUCCCUCGACCGUCUCCGCGCCAAACGAUGCCGCCGUCUCAACCUGCGCGGCACCACCCCCGGCGCCUCCUCACAUGCCAGCCACGCCCGUACCUUUGGCAUCUUUGAGCGUGCCGUGCUCAAACACCCUGGCGACGUCUCGCUCUGGCGCGCCUACCUCGAUUUCGCGGCCAACGAUGCCCGCGCGACCAAGCGAUGGCGACGUAUCUGCACACGCGCGCUGCGCCUGCACCCAACUGAUGCUGGGUUGUGGGCGCUGGCGGGUAAGAGGGCGGCAAGGAAUGGGGAUAUGGAGAGGGCGCGAGCGCACUUUUUGAGGGGGUGCCGAUUCUGCACUGGCGAAGAGACGCUAUGGGUGGAAUAUGCGAGGUGUGAGAUGCAGUGGCUGGGGAAGGUGGAGGAGAAGAAGGCUGGGAAGGGGGUAAGAAAGGGGACGGAUGUGAUGCAGGCGAUUAAGGCCACCGAGGCGGUGCAGGAGGGGGAUGAGAUUCGUUUUGAUGAUGACGAUGAGGAUGACGAGAGCGGGGACGAGGACGGUCUAAUGCUACCGGACCCAGAUGCCGGCGGAUCGGGCGAUAAAGGGCUCAAGAAGCCUGCAUUUGAUGCAGAAGCGGCGAAGAAACUUGAGCAGAGUCCAGCAUUGAGCGGCGCGAUACCGAUGGCCAUCUUCGAUAUCGCGAAGAAGCAACCGUUUUUUGGCCCAGCAGCGGCUGAAACGUUCUUCGACAUGUUUGCGAGUUUUGGCAAAGUUUCGCCACGGGGUAGGAUUGUGCAGCAUGUUCUCAGCGCAAUGGAGCAACAGUUUCCUAACCACGCGAGCACAUGCAGUUGCCAGGUUCGGCAACCGCUCGUUGGAGUGGACGUGUUGACCGCUGCGUUUCCGAAAGCUCUCCGAGAGUCGCUCACCCGGCUGAAGGGCGCAAUGGACAAGACGGAAGAUAAGCGGGCGCUUGCCAACAAGACGACGGCUUGGAUUGACGAGGUUUUGGCGACGGAAGGGCUGGACCCAGGCAUUCAAACAGUGUUAAGCCAUACUAAGGCAUCGUUGCAAUCCAUCGCUUAA